GAAGAAGAACACUACACAAAGAUGGAAGAAGUAAAGCUACUAGGGGCAUUUCCAAGUCCAUUUACUCACAGAGUUAUAUGGGCUUUGAAACUCAAGGGUGUGAAAUAUGAUUAUGUUGAAGAGAACAUCUUUAACAAGAGUCAUCUUCUUCUACAGUCUAACCCGGUUCAUCAGAAGGUCCCAGUCCUUAUUCAUGGUGGAAAACCCCUUGCAGAAUCCAUUGUUAUUCUUGAGUAUAUUGAAGAGACAUGGCCACAGAACCCCUUGUUUCCACAUGAUCCGUAUGAGAGGGCUGUGGCCAGGUUCUGGUUGAGGUUUGGAGAGGACAAGCUACCAGCUUUUUGGGCAUUCUUUGGGACUGUUGGAGAAGAACAAGAGAAAGCAACAAAAGAAGCUAAAGAACUGCUGAGGAUCUUAGAAGAGCAUGGCCUUGGAGAGCGGAAGUUUUUUGGAGGCAAUGAGAUUGGACUGACGGACUUGGCUUUUGGAUGGAUAGCUUGCUGGCUCGAAGUCCUGGGAGAAGUAGCUGGGGUGAAGCUGCUGGAAGCUGAUGGCUUCCCUAGAUUACAGAGAUGGAUUGAAGAUUUUAAGGAAGUCCCAGUGAUUAAGGAGACCCUUCCUGAUCGUAAGGGAAUGUUGGCCUAUUUCCGAUAUAGGAGGUCAACAUUUAUCGGUGAGGCAGCAUCUUAUGAGGCAGCAUCAUAA